GUGCGGGGCGGGCGGGCCCCGGAAUUGUCAUUUCUUUGUUUCCGAAGGCGGAGGCGGCUCGGAGCCCCCCCUCCCGGCCCCCCUCCCCCCCGGGUGCUGGCUCCAUGUCUGCGUGACCGGCCGCAGGGGUAGAGUCCAGGCCCGACGCGGGGCGGGCGGGCGGCGGCGGCUGAGGUGAGAGGCGGCGGCGGCGCGGGCACCGGCCCCCCAGCGGGAGGAUGAAGCGGCGGAACGCCGACUGCAGUAAGCUCCGCCGCCCCCUAAAGCGGAACCGGAUCACCGAGGGCAUCUACGGCAGUACAUUCUUAUACCUGAAGUUCCUGGUGGUGUGGGCACUUGUCCUCUUGGCAGACUUUGUCCUGGAGUUCCGAUUCGAAUACCUGUGGCCAUUCUGGCUUUUCAUCAGGAGCGUCUAUGAUUCCUUCAGAUAUCAGGGACUGGCCUUUUCAGUAUUUUUUGUUUGUGUAGCGUUCACAUCAAACAUAAUAUGUCUGCUCUUCAUUCCCAUACAAUGGCUUUUUUUUGCUGCUAGCACAUACGUGUGGGUUCAGUACGUAUGGCACACAGAAAGGGGAGUCUGUUUGCCUACAGUGUCCCUCUGGAUACUCUUUGUUUAUAUUGAAGCAGCAAUUAGAUUUAAAGAUCUUAAAAAUUUUCAUGUUGACCUUUGUCGUCCAUUUGCUGCUCACUGUAUUGGGUACCCUGUGGUGACUUUGGGCUUUGGCUUCAAAAGUUAUGUGAGCUACAAAAUGCGGUUAAGGAAGCAAAAGGAAGUUCAAAAGGAGAAUGAAUUUUAUAUGCAGCUUCUUCAGCAGGCCCUCCCUCCAGAGCAACAGAUGCUGCAGAAGCAAGAAAAAGAGGCUGAGGAAGCAGCCAAAGGAUUACCUGACAUGGAUUCCUCGAUCCUUAUACACCACAAUGGAGGCAUCCCAGCCAACAAAAAACUUUCUACAACUUUGCCAGAGAUAGAAUAUCGAGAAAAAGGGAAAGAAAAGGACAAGGAUGCCAAAAAACAUAACCUUGGAAUAAAUAACAACAAUAUCCUGCAACCUGUAGACUCUAAAAUACAAGAAAUUGAGUAUAUGGAAAACCAUAUCAAUAGUAAAAGAUUAAAUAAUGAUCUUGUGGGAAGUACAGAAAAUCUCCUAAAAGAGGACUCAUGCACUGCUUCCUCCAAAAAUUACAAAAAUGCCAGUGGAGUUGUGAACUCCUCACCCCGAAGUCACAGUGCUACAAAUGGAAGUAUCCCUUCCUCAUCUAGUAAAAACGAGAAGAAGCAGAAGUGCACUAGCAAGAGCCCGAGUGCCCACAAGGACUUAAUGGAGAACUGUAUUCCUAACAACCAGCUAAGCAAACCAGAUGCACUGGUAAGGCUGGAACAAGACAUUAAAAAGCUAAAGGCAGACCUGCAAGCCAGCCGGCAAGUGGAACAAGAGCUCCGUAGUCAGAUCAGCUCCCUCUCAAGCACGGAACGAGGGAUCCGUUCAGAAAUGGGCCAGCUCCGGCAGGAGAACGAACUGCUGCAGAACAAGUUACAUAAUGCUGUGCAAAUGAAGCAGAAAGACAAGCAGAGUAUCAGCCAGCUGGAGAAAAAGCUCAAAGCUGAGCAGGAAGCCCGAAGCUUUGUAGAAAAGCAGCUGAUGGAGGAGAAAAAAAGGAAGAAGUUAGAAGAAGCCACUGCUGCCCGAGCUGUUGCCUUUGCUGCUGCAUCUAGGGGAGAGUGCACUGAAACCUUGCGGAAUCGGAUCAGAGAACUAGAAGCAGAGGGUAAGAAGCUCACAAUGGACAUGAAGGUGAAGGAAGACCAGAUCCGAGAACUAGAACUGAAAGUUCAGGAGCUUCGGAAGUAUAAGGAAAACGAGAAGGACACUGAGGUGUUAAUGUCAGCCCUUUCCGCCAUGCAAGACAAAACACAGCACCUGGAGAACAGCCUCAGCGCAGAGACGAGGAUCAAGCUGGACCUGUUCUCCGCACUGGGUGAUGCAAAGCGGCAGCUCGAGAUUGCCCAGGGACAAAUCCUUCAGAAAGACCAGGAAAUCAAGGACCUAAAACAGAAGAUAGCCGAAGUCAUGGCCGUCAUGCCUAGCAUAGCAUACAGUGCUGCCAGCAGCCCCCUGAGUCCCGUGUCCCCCCACUACUCUUCCAAAUUUGUGGAGACUAGCCCCUCUGGACUAGAUCCCAAUGCCUCUGUCUACCAGCCCCUGAAGAAAUGAAGACCAGCUGGGUAUUUGCCCAACCAUCUGGAACCAGAAGGCUUCGAAAAGCAGCGUCUCUGGCAGUCAAGAUAAAAAAAAGUUUAUAUUGUAUUUUGUGGGACUGUAUAUGUUGUCAUUUUUAAAAAGGGGGAAAAAUAACAUCCAAGUUUGAUUAGAACUGCCCAUCAGUCGUUCUUGUAAAUUUUUAGAAGACCUCACAGAACUUUGCAGUUUAUUUUUCUUGGCCAACACAUUAAAACCAUUCUUGGAUUUCAAGUAGCCAAUUUUGCCUUUUAUGUAUUCUUACAUAGUUUCCUCUUGAAGAAAAAAAAAAAGAAUUUUUGCUUUUCAACUUUUUGUUUUGUUCUUAAAUAAGCAAGAAAAUUGCACAUUGUAUUCACAUGGGACAACAACAGAAAUUUAGUUUCUAGAGUGAGAGGGCUAAAUAACCCAACACAACUUUGAUUUCAUUGCUGCAUUAAGAUGGUUAUUUCUAUUACAGAUAAAAGGUUAGUUGCCCCUCCAAGGACCAGACAAAUGCAGGGAACAUCAUUUAGGCUGAGAGACUUAGGUGACGAGGCUAGCAGUAAGAGUGACAGGGUGUGUUUGAGGCAUUCAUGUCCCAUCGGUGCGUUUAGUUCUAGAACACAGUUAGAGCAGUCUUUGCAGUGCCUUGGGAAAGACUUUUCAAGAGGAAACUUGAUCGUUUUCAGCUAUUUCCCCCUUCUCUGUCAUCUGUCUUCUAUUUGUAUCAAGCUCACUGCGGAUCCUGUUGUACAACUGGUGGGUAGCUGGGCCGCUGGUUAGCACCACGCCUCCCCUUCUGUUUCUUUCCAGAGAACACCAACACCAGUGUUCUAUGUUGGUUGCAGUCAGGCACCUUGGGGAGGCAGCUGGUGGCCUUCCUGUGAGAGGCUGCUGAAGCCGUGGCCCGGGUCUGGGUCCCACAUGGCAUUUAACUGUGCUUUCUUCACUUUUCAUCAUGUGUUGGUGAUUUGAAAGAAGCUUGACUAUUCCUGAGCUCUUGUGCCAAGGAGAGUUUUUUUGUUGUUUGUUUUUACGACUUAAAGCUCAAAAACUCUGCACAAAGAUACUGGUUUCAACUGUGUAUUAUACAUUGGUAGAAAGUGUCUGCACAGGCAACCUUUGGAAGUGUUUGAAGAUUCAGGGAGGGGGGAGGGCAUGGGACAGGGGCAAAGCAAGGUUGUAUUUGGGAGCUUGGAGAAAUUAAGAAACCAAAUAGAUUGGCUUUGCUUCCUUGCCCUGGGUUCUGGAAGGACAUAGUUCUAAAUUUCCUGUUAAUUGGCAUGUAUAUCUCAUUUAAAGCAAAUUAAGUAGGACAAACGAGUCAGUAAAAUAGAAGUAUUAGAGAGAAUCAUCCUUCUAAAAACAGAUCUUAUGUUGGGAUUUAAAAAAAAACUUCUAGCUUUAGCCAGGUGUGCAUGUUGCUGCCAUUUGCAUUUGAAUCAUCUUGUGUAACUGUCACCAUGAAAGUGUUACUCGGAAUUGUCAUAGGUUUUUUUUUU